GAAGCUGCCCGGCAUGCUGGGCUGUAUCCAGACAUCAUCCCCAGCGAGGCAGUAAAAAAUGCGGAAGGGCACCAAGUGCCUCCAAGAGCUGUCUGAGCCCACGGGAGAAGCAGGAGCCGUGGUGGUCGGCGAUAGGAGCGGUGCCAGACCUGGCACUGGUGCUGCCGACCUGCCCCGGUGGGCAGAGCCAUCCCCUGCGGGGACUCUUGGCGACGGGCCGGCGGGGACGGGCGAUCAUGCUCAGUCGCCUGGGGCCUGCCAGGGCUGUGUGAAACUUGAGGACAGCGGCUCAGCCCACAGAUCCUGCCGCCGGGAGGAGCACGUGGCAGGGGUCAAUGCGGGCCCUGGAGCACAGCCUGGGCGGUUAGACACAGCCCUAGUGGGUCUGGACGGUGGGCUGAAGCACAGAGGUCCUGCUCUCUCUCCGAGGAGCCCUGGGACAGCAUCCUCUGCUCUGCCAGCAAGUGUGGGGAACGCCCUGCCGGCCCAGAGCGCUGUUGUGCUGCCUGUCCCCCCCAGCCAGGCACCACUGACAGCUCGGGUCGCAAGGGCUGGGUUUGUAGGGGCAGACCCCACUGCCUGCUCUGGCAGCAGGGCGAGCUGCGAGCCUGACUCCCAGGCACAGGUUCUGCCCUCAAAACAGCAGAAGAAGAGGAGGAAGAAAAAGAAGCUCCUGCUCCCAGAGCACUCAUCUGGCGUGGCACUGAUGAAUGGCAGCGGCCCGCAUGAGAGCCUCAAGGGCGAGAAGGAUUCCAGGCAGAACGGCCACGAGGAGGCUGACCCAGGAGAAGAUGGAAACGACCAGGAGGUCAUCGUCAUACAGGACACAGGAUUCACUGUCAAGAUCUGUGCACCAGGGAUAGAGCCCUUUUCCCUGCAGGUUUCCCCUCAAGAGAUGGUGCAAGAGAUCCACCAAGUUUUGAUGGACCGGGAGGAUACCUGCCAUCGGACUUGCUUCUCCCUGCAGCUGGAUGGCAACGUCCUCGAUAACUUUGCUGAGCUGAAAACGAUUGAAGGACUGCAGGAGGGCUCACUGCUGAAAGUGGUGGAAGAGCCGUACACAGUGCGAGAAGCCAGGAUACAUGUGCGUCACAUUCGGGACCUUCUGAAGAGUCUUGACCCAUCAGAUGCUUUCAAUGGUGUGGACUGUAACUCGUUGUCCUUCCUGAGUGUCUUCACUGAAGGAGACCUGGGAGACAGUGGAAAACGGAAGAAGAAAGGUACCGAAAUGGAACAAAUUGACUGCACCCCUCCUGAACAUAUCCUGCCAGGUAGCAAAGAGAGGCCUCUGUGUGCCCUUCAGCCCCAGAACAGAGACUGGAAGUGCCUCAAGGUAUUGACAAUGAGUGGCUGGAAUCCUCCGCCCGGGAACCGGAAGAUGCACGGGGACCUGAUGUAUUUGUACGUCAUCACAGUGGAGGAUCGGCACAUCAGCAUCACUGCGUCCACUCGGGGAUUUUACUUGAAUCAGUCUACUGCAUACAACUUCAAUCCCAAACCUGCAAACCCCAGUUUUCUCAGUCAUUCCUUGGUGGAACUACUUAACCAGAUCAGCCCUACCUUCAAAAAAAACUUCUCUGCUCUGCAGAAGAAACGGGUUCAGAGACACCCUUUUGAGAGGAUAGCCACUCCUUUCCAAGUGUACAGCUGGACGGCUCCGCAGGCAGAACACGCCAUGGACUGUGUCCGGGCAGAAGACGCUUACACUUCUAGACUGGGCUAUGAGGAGCACAUACCUGGACAGACCAGAGACUGGAACGAGGAGCUGCAGACCACACGGGAGCUGCCGCGCAAGAACCUGCCCGAGAGGCUGCUGAGAGAACGAGCCAUUUUCAAGGUUCACAGCGACUUCACUGCAGCAGCAACACGAGGUGCUAUGGCCGUCAUCGAUGGCAACGUCAUGGCCAUCAACCCCAGCGAGGAGACCAAGAUGCAGAUGUUCAUCUGGAACAACAUUUUCUUCAGUCUGGGCUUUGAUGUCCGUGACCACUACAAGGACUUCGGUGGAGAUGUUGCUGCUUACGUAGCUCCUACCAAUGACCUCAAUGGUGUGCGGACCUACAACGCUGUGGAUGUGGAAGGGCUGUACACUCUGGGGACUGUUGUGGUGGAUUACAGAGGUUACAGGGUGACAGCUCAGUCUAUUAUUCCUGGCAUCUUGGAGCGGGAGCAGGAGCAGAGUGUCAUCUAUGGGUCAAUAGACUUUGGCAAGACAGUUGUCUCACACACCAAGUACCUGGAGCUGCUGGAGAAGACCAGCAGGCCGCUGAAGAUCCAGAAGCACAAAGUCCUCAACGACAAGAAUGAGGAGGUGGAGCUGUGCUCCUCUGUGGAGUGCAAAGGCAUUAUUGGCAACGACGGGCGUCACUACAUCCUGGACCUGCUCCGCACUUUCCCUCCAGAUCUAAACUUCCUGCCUGUCGAAGGGGAGGAGAUGCCAGAGGAAUGUAAGAAAAUGGGGUUCCCCAAGCAGCACAGACACAAGCUUUGCUGUCUCCGGCAAGAGCUUGUUGAUGCCUUUGUAGAGCACAGGUAUCUCUUAUUCAUGAAGCUGGCUGCGCUGCAGCUGAUGCAGCAGAAAGCCAACAAGCAGGAGAGCUCAGGUGUGCUGGAGAACGGAGCCUCUCCGGAGAACGGCGCUGCAGACGGCGAGAGGCCGGAGCCGGAGGACGGCAAAAUCGAUGAUAACAUGACUGGACUCGAUCAGGUGAAGGAGCUCGCCGAGACCAUCGCCUCUGAUGAUGGAGCAGUGGAUCCCAAAAGCAGAGAAGUGAUUCGGAAUGCUUGCAAGGCUGUAGGCUCCAUUAGUGACACGUCGUUUGACAUUCGGUUUAACCCAGAUAUUUUCUCACCAGGUAUGUGUAUCCAGAGAAGCUGCCAGAGCGAGGUGCAGGAUCAGAAGCAGCUGCUGAAGGAUGCUGCUGCGUUCCUGCUGUCGUGCCAGAUCCCAGGCUUGGUCAAGGACUGCCUGGAUCACACGGUGCUCCCAAUGGAUGGGGCGACCUUGGCUGAGGCCAUGCACCAGAGGGGCAUCAACAUGCGCUACCUGGGCAAAGUGAUCAACUUCAUCACCAAAACCCCUGGCCGUGCCCAGCUGGAUCACAUCUUUAAAAUCGGCAUCAGUGAAUUGAUCACUCGAUCAGCUAAACACAUCUUCAAGACGUACCUCCAGGGUGUGGAGCUGUCGGGUUUAUCUGCCGCCAUCAGCCACUUCCUCAACUGCUUUCUGAGCUCCUUCCCAAACCCCAUUGCCCAUCUGCCAGCUGACGAGCUGGUCUCCAAGAAGAAGAGUAAGAAAAGGAAAAACAGGAACCUUGGAAAUGCUGACAACACUGCGUGGGCCAGCAUGACCCCUCAGGAGCUGUGGAAGAAUAUUUGUUCAGAAGCGAAGAACUACUUUGACUUCAGUCUUGAGUGUGAGAAUGCUGACCAAGCAGCAGAAGUGUAUAAUCUACAGAAAAUCACCCUGCUCCGUGAAAUCUCCCUCAAAACUGGAGUCCAGGUAAGACCCACACCCUCCCUCCCUUCCCAGCGUCCCACCUUCACAGAAGAGGAUAUUCUCAACAUCUUCCCUGUAGUGAAGCAUGUAAACCCCAAAGCCUCCGAUGCUUUUCACUUCUUCCAGAGCGGGCAAGCGAAGGUUCAGCAAGGUUUCUUGAAGGAGGGCUGUGAGCUCAUCAAUGAAGCCUUAAACCUGUUCAACAAUGUGUAUGGUGCUAUGCAUGUAGAAAUCUGUGCCUGCCUGAGGCUGCUAGCUCGGCUCAACUAUAUCAUGGGAGACUACUCUGAGGCCUUAAGCAACCAGCAGAAAGCGGUGCUAAUGAGCGAGAGGGUCCUGGGCAUCGAACACCCCAACACCAUUCAAGAAUACAUGCACCUGGCUCUGUACUGCUUUGCAAACAGCCAACUCUCAACAGCACUGAACCUGCUGUACCGUGCACGCUACCUCAUGCUGUUGGUAUUUGGGGAGGAUCACCCAGAAAUGGCACUCUUAGAUAACAACAUCGGCCUGGUGCUCCAUGGGGUCAUGGAGUAUGACCUGUCCCUCCGGUUCCUGGAGAACGCGCUGGCCAUCAGCUCCAAGUAUCACGGUGCCAAGUCCCUGAAGGUUGCACUGAGCCACCACUUGGUUGCCCGAGUGUACGAGAGCAAAGCAGAAUUCCGGUCAGCUCUGCAGCACGAGAAGGAAGGAUACACCAUCUACAAGAACCAGCUCGGCGAACACCACGAGAAGACCAAAGAGAGCUCUGAGUACCUGAAAUACUUGACGCAGCAGGCGGUGGCUCUGCAGCGCACGAUGAACGAGAUCUACAAGAACGGCUCCAACGCCAACAUCAUGCCACUGAAGUUCACAGCUCCCAGUAUGGCCAGUGUCCUGGAGCAGCUCAACAUUAUCAAUGGAAUUCUCUUCAUUCCACUAAGCCAAAAAGACUUGGAGAACCUUAAGGCCGAGGUGCAGCGACGCCAGCAGCUCCAGGAAAGCAUGAAAAGUGGGGAACAGCUGGAAGCAGAGGACAAAGCUGUGGAGAAGGAGGCUGAGCCGAGCACGCCUUCUGCUGCCAUCCCCUUAACACAGAGCUCUGCUUAACGUGUACCUCGCUCUAAAACAAAGUUUAAACCACCCUUUUUGAAUCUGGCCCAGGGCUUCGGCCGCCCCUGGAGCAGCUCCUCCUUUUUGACAAUGUUAUUGCACUGGUACAAUUAAUACACAAUGCAAAGAACUAAUCUGAGCAAUGUAAUCUGUCUGCCCAAGCUUGUGUCUGCCACGCGAGGGGAAGCGGCGGAGGCAGCGCAGACCGUCCUGGCGCCGCGUGGGGCCGUCCUGCCGUGUGUGUGUCCGUGUCGUGUGUGUGUGCAGCAGUUAUUUCUACUUUGUACAUACGAAUUCCAAAUGAACUGUCUGGAGGGAUGUAACAUUUCUCAGGUCAUUUUUAUGUUGACUAAGGACACUGCUUUGCUAAACCGGUACAGAACCAGCCCCA